AUGGUUCUGGUCUCGGAGAGAUUUAGGCAAAUCCCUGGACAGUAUGAUCCUUUCACUCCUUCCAAAGGAGAGAAGGGAGAAAGGGGGCCUCCUGCAACAGAUGGUGUACCUGGGUUGCCAGGACGACCAGGGAGAACUGGACCCCCAGGUUCUGCCGGCCAACGGGGCCCGCAAGGCAUACCAGGUGAUAUGGGUCCACCUGGAAGCACUGGUCCAAAGGGACAGAGGGGAGAAAGAGGAGAGCCUGGAUAUGUUAUAGCUGGCACAGAUGCAAAUUUUGUUCCUGGACGAAAAGGAGAGCCAGGAUCUUCAGGUCCCCAGGGCUCUCCUGGUGUAUCAGGGGUCAAUGGCGCUCCAGGCCUACCUGGCCAGCCAGGACCACCAGGGUCACCAGGAAUAUCUGUCAAGGGAGAUCCUGGGGAGGUGGGAGCAAAAGGUUUACGUGGGAAGCAGGGUGUGAAAGGAGACAAAGGAGAGUCGGGAAAAGAUGGUUUUGCAGGUUUGCCUGGUCCCGUUGGCAUUGAUGGGGUGCCAGGAUUACCAGGUCAGAAAGGAGAGCAGGGUAAAGAAGGAAUUGGCAUACAAGGUAUUCAAGGUCCUCGUGGAGAGCCUGGAGAGAAGGGAAAUAUUGGCUUAACGGGACCAGUUGGCCCAAAGGGUGACCGUGGAGAGCAGGGCAUCCAAGGACUCAUCGGACCACGGGGAAAGAAGGGACUCAAAGGGGAGCAGGGGGACAAGGGAGAAGGAGGAGAGAUGGGACGAAUAGGACCACAAGGACCCACGGGGCUGACGGGGCCAUUGGGGUUAAAAGGAGAUGAGGGUCCAAGAGGAGCCCCUGGAGAUCCUGCCAAGGGUAUAAUUGGCCCAACUGGAAAAAAAGGUGCCAGGGGAGACAUUGGUCCUGUCGGCCCCACAGGCCCCCAGGGAAUAAAGGGUGAACAAGGAAACAAAGGAGAGAAGGGCAGUCCUGGUUUUGGGAUUCCAGGACAGCAGGGACCAAAGGGAGAAAAUGGCGAGAGGGGAAAUGUUGGUUUGUCUGGAAAACCUGGACCAAAAGGACACGAUGGCUCCAAAGGUGACAAAGGGGCAGCUGGGUUAUCCGGCAAUCCUGGAGAACCAGGAUUAAGAGGUAAAGAUGGUGCAUCGGGAACUAAAGGAGACCAUGGAUCUAAGGGUGAACUAGGAGCACCUGGAGAGCCUGGUGAAAGAGGAAUUAGGGGUCCACUGGGGUUACCAGGGCGACCAGGGGACCCAGGAGAUAAAGGAGAUACUGGGAUGCCCGGCCCGCUUGGGACUGAUGGAAAGAAAGGCGACAAAGGGGAGCAGGGAAAACCUGGACCUCCGGGAGAACAAAUUGUUGUAGACAACAACAUACUGACCAGAGUGAUUAAGGGUGAGCCAGGAGAGCCUGGUGAGCCUGGUUUGAGAGGAGAAACAGGUGUGCCUGGGCCGAGAGGUCCAGAGGGGAAACCUGGAUUACCAGCACCAUCUCUGGGUGGUUCUGAAGGAGAUGGACCAGGGAAACCAGGAAUAAAGGGUGACCAGGGACAGAAAGGAGAACCUGGUCUGAGGGGACAUAAAGGAGACCAAGGACGGUCUGGGAUAGCUGGAAUGCCUGGUUUACCGGGAACUCCAGGAGAAAUUGGGCUGAAAGGAGAUGACGGCAAAAAGGGGGACAAGGGAAACGGGGGUGCAAAUGGUAAAGAUGGUAGUAAGGGGGAACCAGGACCUCCAGGUUUACCUGGUAGGCAAGUGCUUGUCACAUCCGAGGGUGCCACCAUUGAUGAAAUCCGAGAAGCAUUUCCAAUCCCGAUGGGUCCCCCAGGAGCUACUGGUUCACCGGGAACAAAGGGAGAUAAAGGAGAAAGAGGCCUGAAAGGAGACACGGGUGAUCCUGGAGCUCCUGGAAAAUCUGUUGAGAUGAAGGACAUUGAAGUGAUGUUUGAAGCCUACGGCAUAAGGCUUCCUUUGCUGAAGGCUUUGAUUGACCGGCUGCUGCAGGACGGAAUAGAGGAGCUGCUUCAUGUGCUCGGCACCUCCAAGAAAAUGAAAGAAAACACAGAAACUCACACCUCCAACGUCAUCACUGAGUACACAAGUUCAGUGAAGUUUGACCUCACCAGCCAGCCGCUGAAAGAGUCGGACACCAUCCAGGGCCCUGAUUUAGAUGGACAGCUUUCUAAAGAGUCUCAGACCAUUGAUCCUUUAAAUGAAACAGCAGAGGGUCCCACUUUAUGGAGCUUCACCACGCUGAACGGAGAGCAGGAACUCGACCGAACUGAGACAGAGUUGAAGGGCUCCAGUGGGAAGGAGAGAGUAGAUGAGCACAGUAACAGAGUAUCUGCACUCAAAAUGAAUCGGACUGUAGUCAAUUCUACUUUUAAUUAUAAUACGACCCAGGAGGAAGACUCCCUGAAGAAGAACUCGGGACAAAAGAAGAAGAAGACAAGUGAGGAGGACACGCAAGAAGAAGAAGAAGAGGAUUUUUAUAACGGCAAAGAAUACAGUUAUGAAUACGAGGAAGAAGUUUCCCCAGAUUACCCUGCGCCCUCUCAGGAGAGGAAAGACAACAGACAGGAGGAACAACCCACACACAGUCCUGCCCAGUUAGAAACGUUGACGGGAACCUCCAGUUAUCCUCUAACAUCCUCCACAAACAGACAAAUAGAUGCACAGGAUGAAGUUUCACUUCCUACACCUCCCAUCACAACAGAUGAACCAGACAAGGAUGUCUCUUAAGUCCCAAGAGACUGUGACUAUAGAGUGUUAAGCAUUCAUAAGAUAGCACACACUACAUGGAGCGUGUG